GUUUGUUUGGACAGGAAGCAAAUAGAAAUUGGGCAACUUUGAGCUGCUGUGUCUGCGAAGUGCCCUUACCAUGCAGUUAUUAAAGACUUAGGCUCGGGGAAGUUUCAUUUAUUUUUAUUUUUUGCUACUGCUUGUGUCUUCCUCUCUGUCGUAUCGGGGACCCCCCCCCCAAAGUAAAAGGCAAAAUGAUGUUGUCCGAGCAAGCCCAGAAGUGGUUUCCAACUCAUGUGCAAGUCACCGUGCUUCAAGCCAAAGAUCUGAAGCCGAAAGGCAAAAGUGGCACCAAUGACACAUACACUAUCAUCCAGCUGGGCAAGGAAAAAUACUCCACCUCUGUGGCAGAGAAAACCCUUGAUCCGGUCUGGAAAGAAGAGGCUUCUUUUGAGCUGCCCGGAUUGCUCAUGCAGGGCAAUCCAGAGAAAUACAUUCUUUUUCUGGUAGUCAUGCACAGGUCUUUGGUGGGUCUGGAUAAAUUUUUGGGGCAGGUGGCAAUCAAUCUCAAUGACAUCUUUGAGGACAAACAGAGAAGGAAAACAGAGUGGUUUAGGUUAGAAUCUAAACAAGGGAAAAGAGCCAAAGACAGAGGAGAAAUAAAGGUCAACAUUCAGUUUAUGAGGAACAAUAUGACAGCCAGUAUGUUUGAUCUAUCAAUGAAGGACAAAACAAGAUCUCCUUUUGCAAAACUAAAAGAUAAAAUGAAAGGUAGAAAGAACGAUGGGACGUUUUCUGAUACUUCUUCAGCGAUCAUUCCAAGUACUCAUAUACCUGAUGCUAACACUGAACUUUCAAGUAGUGAAAUACAGAUGAAAUCCAAACCAAAAAAGCCUUUUCUUUUGGGACCUCAGCGACUCUCUUCAGCUCAUUCAAUGUCCGAUUUAACGGCAUCACAUGUUUCUUCAGAGAAAUUGAAGACCAGUACUAUUGGUCAUACACAUCUUUUCAGGCGCCAGCUAGAGUCUUUCGAAUCUGUUGAGGAAAGUGGAAGUCUCAAAUCUCCACAUAGAAGAACAUUAAGUGCUGAUACUUCUAAAAUCAACCAACCUGACAGCAUAGUUGAUGAAGGUGAAUCGUCUUUUGGAACACAAAAUGACCCAUUUACCAAUGUGACUGCUUCAUUACCCCAAAAAUUUGCAACACUGCCAAGAAAGAAGAAUCCAUUUGAAGAAAGCAGUGAAUCAUGGGACAGUGGCGUGAGUUUAUUUUCAAAAUCAGUUGAAGUCAAAAAAGAAAAUAAAAGAGAGAAAAGGGAGAAAGUUAGUCUUUUUGAAAGAGUGACUGGGAAAAAAGAUAGCAGGAGGUCUGACAAACUUAGCAACGGGGGAUCGGACAGUUCUUGUGACUUGAAAUCACCUAAUGCAUUUGGUGAAAAUCGCCAGGAUUAUUUUGAUUAUGAUUCUACUAACCCGUUUACAACAAACUUCAGGACUACAAACAUGAUGCCAUCUUCUAGUUUUCAUAUGAAACCGACAAGCAGUGAAGAUCUCAGGAAAAUACUGGAUAGCAAUCCUUUUGAUGCCACAGCAGGGUAUCGAAGUCUUACCUAUGAAGAAGUAUUACAAGAGCUGGUGAAACACAAAGAACUACUUAAAAGAAAAGAUACCCAUAUCCGUGAACUUGAGGACUACAUUGACAAUCUUCUUGUAAGAGUAAUGGAAGAAACCCCAAGUAUUCUCAGAGUGCCAUAUGAACCUUCAAGAAAAGCUGGCAAAUUUUCUAAGAGUUAAUAAGCCAGUUGCACUGCAUUUCAUACUUUUAAAAAAUGCUAGUGGAAGACACUGUACAAUAGGUUUAAAUUUUGUUUUUUUUUUUCCUGUUAACUUCUCAGAAAUUGCUUUAAAUUAGUAGUGGGGAUUGCCAGAAAGUGUCAUCUCUGAAGUGAGCUAAAUAAUAUAAAUCUUUAAAGUAAAAAAGGCUAGCAUCUCUAGGGUGUAUAACUUUUCCUUGGGUGUAAAUUAGGCCUUCUAAGCCUACUUCCCUACUUCCUGAUUAAUCUAUUGGUGCGGACAUUUACCUUAGUAACAUUCACCUUCCAAAAUGCCUGUCUGUUGCUAAGACUUUUUUCAUCAUUCAGAUCCUGCCUUCUGAAAUACGAUUACAUUUUUUUUAUUUUUUUUGAGAAAUCAAUUUGAGGAUAAUGUUUAGGCACAGAACUACUAAUUACAUAUAUGCACAGAUAAGCAUUUUAUAUUUAUAAUUGAUACGUUUUAAGGUUGAAUUUCUCAUGUCCUUCAUUUGAACAUGUGAAUGUGUUUUAUUUAUUGGUGCAAAACAAAAAUCAGUUCUUACUAGUAUUACUGUUUAUGCAGAGACUAUUUUGACUCGGUCCUAACCAUGUGAUAUUUGGUGUGAAAGUGAACUGCAAUGUAAUGUAAUACUUUAAAAUCCAUUCCUGGUACUCAUUGGAAGAAAUGGCCCAAAAGUGGUGGAGUGUCAUACUUAUGUAAUAUUGAGACUUUCUUAGGAUAUUUCAACUUCAAGAGCUUAGAUAUUUGUUGGAGCUCAUUUUUUUUAUCCUAAAAUUUUAGUUUUGUGUGAAAACUGUAAAAUUGGUAACAAACUAAUAAAAUAUGUGGGUUUUUAAAAAAUAUUUUGUAAAGAUAUUGCAUGCUUUUAAAGAUGUGGACAAGUUGUUAAAAAGGAAGAUGUCAAACGUCAAAGAAAGUUGGAGGAAGGGGAAAGAUAUAGUCAAAUAUUUGAAUAAUUUAUAAUAGUGGCACAUAUAAGAUGUUUAGAACUGAGCAUAAAAUUGGCAGUGUUGUAGGAAUAUUGACAAAAGCAAAAUACAUUUUAAACAUUAAGAGUUUCAGGUUUGGGAAUUUUUAAACUUUAAACCCCCAAAAGGCUAGAUGAAGGGAUUGUGAAAUUUUAGUGCACGUCUUUACUCAGAGAAUAAUAUAUAUUUACAUUUCUUGAAGGUUCAAUUAGUGAUAUGAUUUUUUUUUCUGGUGAAUUUUUCAUCCCUCUACAAAGCACGCUUAGUUACUUCUAUAGGGCAUCUUUAGAUGUUGUUACAAAAUGCAUGUGAAAUUAUCCCAUCAUUUCAGAUGGAAAUGUAGUGGUGAAAGAAAAAAGUUUUUGUUUUGUUUUUAAACUUUCUGUUUGAUAACUUUAAAGAAAUUAUUACAGUGAUAAGCCAAGAAGGAAGCUUUAUCUUCCUAAUGUUAAGAAAUUAAUUUCAGUUUGGGAUGUGUCUUCUACACCCUCUUGUCCCUGUUCUUUAAUGAAAUUUGUAAUGUUUCUGACACAGCUUGACUUCACUAAAAAAAUAAUAAAGUAGAUAAGAUUCUUUAAAAGAGCUAGUUAAAGGACUUGUUUUUAAAACAGUAUUUAGAAUUAUCUUUUUUAUCACUUUAAUAUUUGGAGUCAGAGAAUAUUGAGUGUACUUAUCCAAAGGAUCUGGCCCUUUAUUCACAAUAUUUACUUACUUCUCCUAAGAGAGCAUCAUUUUAAAAUUCUGAAAUAAUUUUCCUAAGUAGCAUGUAGUUCAUUUUCUAAAAUUAGAAAAUAGGAAAUGGAAAAUUGAUUUGGCCCGUUUUUCCCCAACUUACUGUUUAGGGUUUAGAAUAUAUAGCGACUAUACCUCGAAUAUCAAUUUUUUUUUCUUGUUUGAGGUCUUAAUGACAAAUAUUUUCAAAUCUGGUGCCAAAGGUUAUGAUUUUUAUUACUAAGAUUGGGGGUCAUUCAUUUGUGCCACAAAGAUUCUUGGAUAUUUUAGUGUACUUUGGCCAAAUAUGCUUUUAUGUAACAAAUUAAUUCUAUUUUGCCAUAGGUACCCACAUAUCUCAUGUCAUAAGUAUGACACAACCAAAUCUACUUUAAAAGAAAGACUAUUUCCCUGCAUAAAGAAUCAGGAAUCAAUAAGCUGUUCAUUUUUAUUGUUGUAAGCCAAAAUGAGUAUUGUAUUAAAACUUGAUUUUAAUUGCACUUAGUACCACCUGAAACUAUUUCAGUUAUUGGUUACUAUCACAUUACUUAGAGCUGAAUGCUAUUUUCAUUAUGAUUACAUUAUAAAUCAAUAUAAUUGAAACAGAGAAAAAAAUUAGUCCUCAAAUUUUGUUUACAAAUGAAAGUGUUUUAAUCUGUCCUUGGUUGAAAGUAGAAACGAAACUGCCUUCAAUAUCUAGAAUUGCAAAAAGGCAGAAAAUAAUAUUAUAACUUGUAUUUUUAAGUAUAACUUUAUAAUCAAAUAUUAGAGAUUUGAUUAUGUAUUUUUUUAGGCUAGUAGUUUAGAAAUGAGGGUACAAUUAAUUUUUUAACAGGAAGUAUGAUAGUAAUGAACACAUUUUUUCCUCUGUGCUGAAACACAUUUAUGUACUCAGAAGCAUUUCAUUGAUCUUUUAAACAUAAAAUAAUUCACACAAUAUAUUCUCAAAACCUGUUGUAAGCCGAGAAACUUCUAUUAUAUUAAUUUAAAAGUUUUUAUUUUAUAAAAUCACACAUGCAAAUUUCAUUUCAGUAUUCAUUCCAAUUUAGUGAUAAUAAUAUUGGAAAUAUUUGCCUACAGUUCUUUUAACUUUCACUUACGGGACAAAUACCAGGGUCAUAUCUUAGAGUUGUAAAUAAAAUGAUAACUUAUUACCCAUUCAUGAAGAAUGUAUAACAUUUAGAUGUUACUUUUUGCUGCUAUAUUUUGUUUUGAGCUUUGUUUUGUCACCUUUGCAUGCAUGAAUGUAGCAUUAUCCAUAGAUUAGCCACUACUACAUCUAUUGCUUUUGGCAGGGAAUCAAGAUCUAGUUGUAAUUUUCCAGCUGUGAAAAUGUUGCCUUGUUCUUAAAAAUAUUUCAUGAAUGGAAACCUAAGCAAAACUAAGUUCAUCAGUGAAUAACUUGCUUUCUUCCUAUGUGCUUUCCCCCACCCCCAUCUUCCUCAAAGGGGGAGGGGCACAUUUUCUUUGACUAGGAGAAUCUUAAAAAGAAAUAAGAACUGCUUUCUUUAAUAUAUCUACAAUAACUGCUGUAUGAGAGGUUUUAUUUUCUUCUAUAGCUUUUAAGAAAGAGCCUAUCUUGGAUUUGUAAAUCACACCAAAACUUUUUGAUGUUCCUGUACUCAUACAUCUUGUAGAUAUGGUAGGUGUAAGUUGUGUGUGUUAAAAUGAACUUUAAGAGCAUGUUGAUUCACUUACUCUCUUUGAAGUAAGAGGUGAAGGAUUAUGGCAUUGCUAGUUCAUGAUACUAGAUUUAAAGGUCUGUCAGCACUUCCAUUGUAAACUCCAUUUUAAUGGAUUUAUAACUUUAAUAAUCCAGAUGUAAUCAUUGGAAGUAUUUAAUAUGCAAUAGAUAGCACCUUAACUAAUCUGCAUAUGAAGGGUUUUCAGAUGCAUUUAUUAAGAAGUAUAGAAGCUCUUCAAGCAUUAAACUAGAGUUGACAUCAUUUAUUUCAUUUAUUUUCUAUGUCAAAGAAUUCACUCUUAUGUGGAAUUGAAAUCUGUUACAAAUAAUACAUUUGGGCUUAUUCAUGCUAGAAGCUUCCAGAUGUUUUGUAUUUUGAAGUAUAAAAAAUUGCUGCAGAACCUAGAAUGUGUAUAUUUAUCAGGUAUGCAAAAGAUAUAAACAUUAUUUAUAACAGAAGAGUACAUACUUGUCUUAUUAAAAAUACUGUAGUAACUUGUACACAUUUUUGAAGGUACAAAACUUACAAGUAUAUUUAAAUAUUGUAUUAAUGUGACACCAAAUUUAUGUAAUCUGAUGCAUGAAGAAUCAGAAUUUUUAUAUUACAUACUGUAAGUAUUGAUUUAUUAUAGCUGAUUAAAAUGUAUAAUCUUAAUAACCAUCUAUAAUUUUAAUUGCAUGUCUAAAAUAUUAAUAAAUUUCCAAAGUACAUCA